CUAAUUUAAGCUAGGUAUUAUUUCACAUCAAUAUUGGACAUUACACCAUUUUCUCAAAGCAACCAAGCCCAACAUAUAUGUUAUAGGCAGCACCAUGUGUAACUAAUGGACAGGUAACGUAGAUAUACUGUAACUACGGUAGUCACCCUGUCUCACCUCUCAGACGUGUUUCCAUGGGAGCGAUCAGGUGCACGGAGGACUGGAAUCGCCGACGCCAAAAGGUGUAGGCUAUAUUUGCGCCUGUAAAUAUAAGCAUCAACAACAUAAUAGGAUUACAGAACGGAGAACUAAGGACCACGAGCAGGAUAUUAUAGACUUUUAGCUAAAACGGGAAUGACGAGUUACCGGGUAACCAAGGAACCGCUGUUGGUAAGGCGCCCAGCGUUAGUCCCAACGAAGUGGAAACGAGAACCACUCUGUUGAAUGACUCGGUCUACCGGAGAGAACCGCGCGUUAACAACGUUAAUCGAAGUCAGCCUAUAAUUGGAAAUUAAAUUGAAAGCAGUAAAGCGGGAAAUACUUAAUAUACCUGCGCCUAAAGACGUCAUGGGUGCGAUCGUGUUCGCGUGGAUGUACAUAUAAUUUGGUCUGAAGACCGUUUGGCGCUCCGAGUCAACACAAACAGCAGUGAGUACAUAUAUAGUGAUUGUAGUGAGUAGGAUGUACAUUUCUCUGAAAUAACAAGCUCAAAAGAAGUGUUGUUCCUCCUGUAGGACCUCAGUGAAACGACAGAUCCGAAGGCUACGUAUUCAGAAUAUCAGUGAAAGAAAAAAAAAAAAAAGUGUUUUGUGUGUGACAGGUUACGUUCCUCACCUGUCUGAUGGAGAAGUAUGACAAGCUGGCCAAGAUUGGAGAGGGUUCAUACGGUGUGGUGUUUAAAUGCAGACACAGGGAAUCCGGACAGAUAGUCGCCAUCAAGAAGUUUGUUGAGUCAGAGGAUGACCCAGUCAUCAGGAAGAUAGCACUGAGGGAGAUACGCAUGCUGAAGCAGCUGAAGCAUGUGAACCUGGUUAACCUCCUGGAGGUUUUCAGAAGGAAGAGACGUCUCCACCUGGUCUUUGAGUUCUGUGAGCAGACCGUCCUGAACGAGCUGGACCGACACCCCCGUGGGGUCCCUGAGGUUCAACUGAAGAGUAUAGUGUGGCAGACGCUGCAGGCCGUCAACUUCUGCCACAAACACAACUGUAUUCAUCGGGAUGUGAAGCCAGAGAACAUCCUCCUCACCAAGACAGGAGUCAUCAAACUCUGUGACUUUGGAUUUGCCAGGAUCCUCACGGGGCCAGGUGAUGACUAUACAGACUAUGUGGCUACUCGGUGGUACCGGGCUCCAGAGCUCCUGGUGGGUGAUACUCAGUAUGGAGCCCCGGUGGACCUCUGGGCGCUGGGCUGUGUAUUCGCUGAGCUACUCCAUGGAAACCCUCUCUGGCCUGGACGCUCUGACGUUGACCAGCUCUACCUCAUCAGAAGCACUCUAGGUGACCUGAUCCCUCGUCACCAGCAGGUGUUCCGAUCCAACGUGUUCUUCAGUGGAGUCAGCAUCCCCGAGCCUGACACCACGGAGCCCCUGGAGAAACGCUUCCAUGGUGUGUCCUCUCACGCUCUCACUGUCAUGAAGUCAUGCCUGGUGAUGGACCCGUUGUUGCGUCUGUCCUGUGAGGAGCUGUUGGAGCUGCCAUACUUUCUGGAAGAAGGCGGAGCCAGCUGGGGCCGCGAGGGGGAUUGUCCCGGGAGACGCCAUGACAACAAAAUCUCCAGACGACGACAGGUCGGGCCGCAGUACCUUCCUCAGCUCCCCAGCAACAACAUCUCUCCUGCUCCAGAGACCAAAAAACAGAACAAACACAGAUACACAGACCAUCACCUGCCCAACAUCUAGAGAGAGGAGAAUCACCUGUCCAACAUCUAGAGAGGAGAAUCACCUGUCCAACAUCUAGAGAGGAGAAUCACCUGUCCAACAUCUAGAGAGGAGAAUCACCUGUCCAACAUCUGACAGAGAGACGGAGAAUCACCUGUCCAACAUCUAGAGAGGAGAAUCACCUGUCCAACAUCUAGAGAGGAGAAUCACCUGUCCAACAUCUGACAGAGAGACGGAGAAUCACCUGUCCAACAUCUAGAGAGGAGAAUCACCUGUCCAACAUCUAGAGAGGAGAAUCACCUGUCCAACAUCUAGAGAGGAGGAUCACCUGUCAAACAUCUAGAGAGGAGAAUCACCUGUCCAACAUCUAGAGAGGAGAAUCACCUGUCCAACAUCUGACAGAGAGACGGAGAAUCACCUGUCCAACAUCUGACAGAGAGAGGAGAAUCACCUGUCCAACUUCUAGAUAGGAGGAAUCACCUGUCCAACAUCUAGAGAGGAGAAUCACCUGUCCAACAUCUGAGAGCUAUAGAGAGAGAGGGAAGGAGAGAGAGAGGGGUGCGGAGGUGAGAGAGAUGGACCAUGAGGACUAUGAGAGACACUGUUACAGUGAGAUGUGAAUAUGUUUGUAUGUGAGUGUAAAUGCAUUAGCUGUAAGGAAAAAACACUAGCUCUUGGCUAGCACCAACCUUAGCCCAGGGCUAGCACCAACCUUAGCCCAGGGCUAGCACCAACCUUAGCCCAGGGCUAGCACCAACUUCCGCCCAGGGCUAGCACCAACCUCAGCCCAGGGCUAGCACCAACCUCAGCCCAGGGCUAGCACCAACUUCAGCCCUGGGCUAGCAUCAACCUUAGCCCAGGGCUAACACCAACCUUAGCCCUGGGCUAAGGAAGAUUUUAGCCUGAGGCUAAGCAAAUGUUCACACUUGUACAUUCUAACGUGGGCGAGCACCAAACUUAGUCCACGGCUACCACCAAACUUAGUCCACGGCUAGCUGGCCCUACUCUGGAGCAGGGUUAGCACAGACUUUUCGGGGUUAGCCCCAGAAACACAGUGCCAAAAUAGCAAAUGUGAAACAGGGUCACGAACAAUACCUAGAAUACUUACUGUUCAAUCACAAAAGCGGCACUUUCACUUAAUCAACAUAUGCUGGUGACGCUCGUGAAUUCUCUAAUGUGUUCUGCACGGUAAUUCAUAUUAUUUCAUCUGAGGACAAAAACCUGAGGACAAAAACCCCACUGUAUGCAGGCUGGCUAACUUCUUCUCACUUAGCCAACUAAAGCUACACAUUCUACAGCUAGAAGGGCAGCAAACACUCCCUUUCCCCCUGUUUUCGUAGCUGUUCUAUUGACGUUUAAUUGUAUAUACUGUAUCCAUGAAAAUAACGUUGCGUGAUUUCGGAUUCGGUCAAAUUCGUUAAUGUCUCAUUAGUUCACAGCAUUCUCUGUACAGGGGAGGGAUGGAAUUUCAAAAGUGAAAGAUUGUUUUCCAAUGUUGGACAGGCAGACAACCAAAGUUUAUAAAAAACUAUCACUGUUGGAAAUCAAAUGCUAGGCUAGAAGCAAGAGGAAAUAAUGUGUUAAUCAAUGUCUUAUUGCUUAUAAUGGGGCCGGUUUAGCAUGGGGCCAAUCUAGCAUGGGGUCAGUCUAGCAGGGCUAGCACCAACCUUAGCCCAGGGCUAGCACCAACCUUAGCCCUGGGCUAGCACCAACCUUAACCCAGGGCUAGCACCAACCUUAGCCCAGGGCUAGCACCAACCUUAGCCCAAGGCUAGCACCAACUUCAGCCCAGGGCUAGCACCAACCUUAGCCCUGGGAUAGCACCUGGGUCUACCAUGGUCUAGCAUGGGGCCGGUCUAGCAUGGGGCCAGUCUAGCAUGGGGCCAGUCUAGCAUGGGGCCAGUCUACCCCAAGGCCAGUCUAGCAUGGGGCCGGUUUAGCAUGGGGCCAGUCUAGCAGGGCUAGCACCAACCUUAGCCCAGGGCUAGCACCAACCGUAGCCCUGGGAUAGCACCUGGGUCUACCAUGGUCUAGCAUGGGGCCAGUCUAGUAUGGGCCCAGUCUACCCCAAGGCCUGUCUAGCAUGGGGCCAGUCUAGCAGGGCUAGGGCCAGUCUAGCAGGGCUAGCACCAACCUUAGCCCAGGGCUAGCACCAACCUUAGCCCUGGGAUAGCACCUGGGUCUACCAUGGUCUAGCAUGGGGCCGGUCUAGCAUGGGGCCAGUCUAGCAUGGGGCCAUUCUAGCAUGGGGCCAGUCUACCCCAAGGCCAGUCUAGCAUGGGGCCAGUCUAGCAUUGGGCCAGUCUAGCAUGGGGCCAGUCUAGCAUGGGGCCAGUCUACCCCAAGGCCAGUCUAGCGUGGGGCCGGUCUAGCAUGGGGCCGGUCUAGCAUGGUGCCGGUCUAGCAUGGGGCCAAUCUAGCAUGGGGCCAGUCUAGCAUGGGGCCAGUCUAUCCCAAGGUCAGUCUAGCAUGGGGCCAGUCUAGUAUGGGCCCAGUCUACCCCAAGGCCUGUCUAGCAUGGGGCCAGUCUAUCAUGGGGCUGGUCUAGCAUUGGGCCGGUCUAGCAUGGGGCCAGUCUAGCAUGGGGCCGGUCUAGCAUGGGGCCAGUCUAGCAUGGGGCCAGUCUAGCAUGGGGCAGUAUAGCAUGGGGCCAAUCUAGCAUGGGGCCAGUAUAGCAUGGGGCCAGUCUAGGAUAGGGCCAAUCUAGCAUGAGGCCAAACUAGCAUGGGGCCGGUCUAGCAUGGGACCGGUCUAGCAUGGGGCCGGUCUAGCAUGGGGCCAAUCUAGUAUGGGGCCAGUCUAGCAUGGGGCCAGUCUAGCAUGGGGCCAGUCUAUCCCAAGGUCAGUCUAGCAUGGGGCCAGUCUAGUAUGGGCCCAGUCUACCCCAAGGCCUGUCUAGCAUGGGGCCAGUCUAUCAUGGGGCUGGUCUAGCAUGGGUCCGGUCUAGCAUGGGGCCAGUCUAGCAUGGGGCCGGUCUAGCAUGGGGCCAGUCUAGCAUGGGGCCAGUCUAGCAUGGGGCAGUCUAGCAUGGGGCCAAUAUAGCAUGGGGCCAGUCUAGCAUGGGGCCAGUCUAGCAUGGGGCCAAUCUAGCAUGGGGCCAAACUAGCAUGGGGCCGGUCUAGCAUGGGGCCGGUAUAGCAUGGGGCCAAUCUAGCAUGGGGCCAGUCUAGCAUGGGGCCAGUCUAGCAUGGGGCCAGUCUAGCAUGGGGCCAGUCUAUCCCAAGGUCAGUCUAGCAUGGGGCCAGUCUAGUAUGGGCCCAGUCUACCCCAAGGCCUGUCUAGCAUGGGGCCUGUCUAGCAUGGGGCCAGUCUAGCAUGGGGCCGGUCUAGCAUGGGGCCGGUCUAGCAUGGGGCCAAUCUACCCCAAGGUCAGUCUAGCUUGGGGCCAGUCUAGCAUUGGGGUCUUUCUAUAAACUAGGGUCCCAGUGGGUCUCUAUAAACUAGGUUCCCAGUGCGUCUCUAUAAACUAGGGUCCCAAUGGGUCUCUAUAAACUAGGGUACCAGUGGGUCUAUAUAAACUAGGAUCCCAGUGGGUCUCUAUAAACUAGGGAACCAGUGGGUCUUUCUAUAAACUAGGGUCCCAAUGGGUAUUUCUAUAAACUAGGGCACCAGUGGGUCUUUCUAUAAACUAGGGUCCCAGUGGGUCUCUAUAAACUAGGUUCCCAGUGCGUCUCUAUAAACUAGGGUCCCAGUGGGUCAUUCUAUAAACUAGGGUCCCAGUGGGUCAUUCUAUAAACUAGGGCACCAAUGAGCAUUUCUUGUAGUGAACUGUUUGGAGCGGUUACUAAGUUCAUUAAUAAUGAUUUGCCAUUUAUUUUCACGUGAAUACAUUACGAAGUUAAAGGGGGAACAUAGAUACAUUCAAUAUAAUUCAUGAGUUGAAUCAAAAACCCUGUGUUUAAAGUCUUUCUCGUGCUUGGAGUCUUCAUGGAUUUGACAAAUAUCGUGUGACACAAAACCCCUAUUACAUUGAUGAUACUGCUGUUUGUUGUUACAUCACAUACAAAGCAUUUUAACCCUAUUACAUUGAUGAUACUGCUGUUUGUUGUUACAUCACAUACAAAGCAUUUUAACAAUUGAAUGACACAUUGACAUUGAUCCUGGGAUAUUCCUGGAUAUUGCUUGUCAGACUCUUUUUAGUGUGAAGUGGACUGUAACCUUGACAACGAUUUAACGUUUAAAAAGUUUUAGUGUGGAGAUCUGGGAAGUGGACUGUGACCUCAUAACAUUUAGUAUCUUCUCAUGUUACAGUGUGAAAACAGUUUUCAUGGGCACACAUAUCCAAAACAAUGUAUGUAAUUACAAAAUCCAAUGCUUUUUAACAGAAAGAGUAACUUGAACUUGAUUAAUAAAAUGAAAUCGAUGUAAAUAAAGUAGUUCUU